UGUCCGCCCGCGGCACGCACAGCAGUCGCAGCCGCCUAGCGCCUGGUCCCGCGGUCGCAGCUCGAGCUACAGCGCCGCCGCCGUCGCCUCAGCUGCUCGCUUCGUGGGUCGGUCCCUCCGGCACACGGGCUCCAGCCGCGCCGUAGCCGCCCUCCGAGCCCUUCAGGCCGCCCCGGUCUCCUCACCCGGCCCGACCUAGCCCGCGAAGAUGGUGGACCGCGAGCAACUGGUGCAGAAAGCCCGGCUGGCCGAGCAGGCGGAGCGCUACGACGACAUGGCCGCGGCCAUGAAGAACGUGACAGAACUGAAUGAGCCACUGUCCAAUGAAGAGAGAAACCUCCUGUCUGUGGCCUACAAGAAUGUUGUUGGGGCACGCCGUUCUUCCUGGAGGGUCAUUAGUAGCAUUGAGCAGAAGACAUCUGCGGAUGGCAAUGAGAAGAAGAUUGAGAUGGUCCGUGCUUACCGUGAAAAAAUCGAGAAGGAGCUGGAAGCGGUAUGUCAGGAUGUGCUGAGCCUGCUGGAUAACUACCUGAUCAAGAAUUGCAGUGAGACCCAGUACGAGAGCAAAGUGUUUUACCUGAAGAUGAAAGGGGACUAUUAUCGCUACCUGGCUGAAGUCGCCACUGGAGAGAAGAGGGCGACCGUCGUGGAGUCCUCUGAGAAGGCCUAUAGCGAAGCCCACGAGAUCAGCAAGGAGCACAUGCAGCCUACUCACCCCAUUAGAUUAGGCCUGGCUCUUAACUACUCCGUUUUCUACUACGAGAUCCAGAAUGCCCCAGAGCAAGCCUGCCACUUGGCCAAGACCGCCUUCGAUGACGCCAUUGCUGAGCUCGACACUCUGAACGAGGACUCCUACAAGGACUCCACUCUCAUCAUGCAGCUCCUCCGCGACAACCUAACGCUCUGGACAAGCGAUCAGCAAGACGACGACGGCGGCGAAGGCAACAAUUAAGGCCCCCAGGUGGACUGGCAGCGCCCGCUGAUGCUACUACUGCAGUCUUUAUUUUUUCCCAUGAGCUGGGGGUCGGGUGGGGGAGGGAAAGGGAGGGACGACCUUCCUAGGGAGAAGCCCACGACCUGUCCUGUCUUUGAUUGCCUCUUUUGACAUUUUUGCCAAAAUACCACUAGUGGAAAGUCAGGCUAGCUGUGCUGGUAUUGGAAUAGCAGCCUCACACUGGCGUAUGGACUGUUCUGUAGAUGAAUGCAGGUGGAGCUGUCUGUCUUUAAUCUAACUUAUUGCUAGAGAAUAGGGUUUUAAGACGAAAAGAAAACUGAAACGGGAUGGCCCUCAUUCAGUAAGUUCUGUGGUUCCAGUAAGGAUUUGUAUAUACAUACGCUCUUGUCCUACGUUUUGGGUACUUUCUAUCUCAUCUGUUCUAGCUGUGCGUUUUUUUUUCAGGGUGUACUCGACCAGCCAUGGACUAGUUUAAAUCCCACACUGACAGACUUGGCACAUAAGGUGUGUUUAUCCUUAUGGUUUAGGCCUUGCCAGUUUCCUGAAGUCUCGGAUUAGCUGACAGUAUUAACACUAAAUUGCAGUUUACAGUAUUUCUACAUUACAGCCAUAUGUAACAUCAA